AUGCAGUUAUGCAAAUUAGGGUUUCUGACGGGAACGGAAGAGCAGCGAGGUGGCUACGGCGGUUUCGGAAGCGGAAGAAUGAUGAACGGCCCGGCCAAUGUUUACGACGGAGACGGAAGCCAGAUCACUGAAACGGCAACGAGUGGAUGUGAUUUCCGAAAGAGAAGCAGAUGUGGUUGUUUCCCGGAAGGAGGCAAACUGGAGCCCCGGAAACUCGAUGAACCUAUUAAGG